CUUCUCCCUCUGCCCCCAAUUCUCUCGGUUAAGCAUUACUGCUAUACAACCGCCCUUCUUGCUCGCAGCCCGAUGCUUUACGCUCAUUUGCCGAGAUCUAAAAUUAGGCGACUCCACUGCCCGUUUAUCCUUCCAUCGUUAAACCCCCGGCCCCCCCACCAUCACGCGGGCUGCGCAGGAUACCUGCUGUUCUGACAACCUCCACCCCCUCAAUUCGCUCUUUGAAAAUGUCAUCUGCCGACCUGAAGAAGAAAAUUGGCCAGCUCUUCGCGGUCGGUUUCCAUGGCCUCACCCCGAGUCCCGAAAUAAAGACUCUGAUCCGCGAGUAUGGCCUGGGAGGCAUUGUCCUAUUCAAACGAAACAUUAGUGAUGAAGCUCAACUUCAGUCCCUAACGCUUGCGCUCCAAGAGGAAGCGCGAUCGGCAGGGCAUGAGCAUCCUCUUUUCAUCGGCAUCGACCAAGAAAAUGGACUGGUCACCCGAAUUGCACCCCCAGUUGCUCCACAGCUCCCGGGUCCUAUGGCUCUGGGUGCCACCAAUUCUCCCGAACUUGCAUAUAAAGUCGGGGUUGCCACUGGGGAAAUCCUGAGCAGCGCUGGCAUUAAUAUGGACUACGCCCCUGUCUGCGAUAUAAAUUCCGAACCGCUCAAUCCAGUAAUCGGAGUACGUAGUUUCGGGGAUGACCCGGAAUUCGUGGGUCGAUUCGCGAGCGCCACUGCCAGGGGUCUCCGGAAGCACAAGGUCGUGCCUACCGUGAAGCAUUUUCCCGGCCACGGCGAUACGGCAGUGGAUUCACAUUAUGGCCUCCCGGUCAUUCCAAAGACAAGAGACCAACUAGAGCAGUGCGAGUUGGUUCCCUUCCGUCGAGCCGCAGCGGAAGGCAUCGAGGCAGUGAUGACCGCGCAUAUUUCUCUACCUGAAAUCGGUGAUGGGAAGCUGCCUGCCACACUUUCGCCGGAUGUGAUGAAGAUCCUCCGUGAGGAUAUGGGGUAUAACGGCAUGGUCGUGACGGACUGUCUCGAGAUGGACGGGAUCCGUGCUACAUAUGGGACUGAGCAAGGCUCUGUCCUCGCCCUAGCUGCCGGCUGCGAUAGCAUUAUGAUCUGCCAUACGUAUGCGGUUCAAGUAGCAUCGAUAGUCCGAGUCUGUGAAGCCGUGGAGUCGGGGGAAGUCCCACUUUCGCGGUUAGAAGAGGCCUACCUUCGUGUGACUCAACUGAAGAGUAGCUUCUUGAACUGGGAUACAUCGCUACGGCUCAGAGAAGAUCGGUCGGGUCCAAACAGGAACUUGUUCAUUCAUUCGAAAUUGGCUGAUCAGGCUUACGCUCGCUCUGCAACUCUUGUCCGAGACCAAUCGCAAAUUCUUCCCGUGUCUAGUACUUCGAAUGUUGUUUUUCUCUUCCCUGGGGACAAGACCCCUGCGGGUGGUGCGGUGGAUGGUGAAGGGCUGGGGAGAAAGGGGUCUUAUAAUGCCUCAGUAUACCUCGACAUACUAAAGAAAUACAACCCGACAGCGGUUGAAAUUCGCUAUGGGGAAGCAGCGUUAUCUGCCGAGCAGCUCAAUGCCAUAGAGGCUGCCGACGUCGUUAUUUUCACUUCUAUUAAUGCGCGGGAAUCACAGUACCAAAGAACGUUGGGAUUGGAAAUGCCUAGGCGAGCUCGCGCACUUGUCAGCAUUGCAGCUUGCAACCCCUAUGACUUUCUGGAUGAUGCCAGUAUUGGAACAUAUAUCGCUACCUAUGAACCAACCCUCGAAGCUUUCGCGGCAGCGGCUGAAGUAAUCUUUGGGGCAUCAACAGCGAAGGGUACACUGCCUGUCGGGAAUCAAACAAAGCGACUGUCGAUUGAAAAGUCAGCUUUAACUGAUCCAAAGGACAUGUCCCAGUUAGCUGCUGUCUGGAAUGCUGCGUUGCCUACUUACUCGCUACCCGCAGAGAACCUGCAAAAGUUGGUGGCUCAGCCUAAUGGACACCACUUCAUUGCUCGCAUCGGAGAUGAUGUCGCCGGAUUUUGCCUGACCUAUACUAGCAAUGGGCGAUUCUUCAUGAGUGGUAAUAUUGCGGCGCUUGCAGUUGAUCCCGCGAGACAAGGUCAGGGUGUUGGCACCACUCUGCUUGGCGAGGUCACUACAUGGUACAAGGUAAACCUAAAGCUCCCACGCCUCGAGCUAAGCAGCGUGUUCCCGCGCUUCUGGCCUGGUAUUCCGGAAGAUUUGCCGUCAGGGGUACAGGAGUUCUUUGAAAAGCGUGGUUUCAGUUUGUUGGACAGAAGUCCGCGAAAUGUAGAUCUAUAUCGAGAUAUCAAGGACUUCAAAUCCACUGACCAGUACACUGCAAGGGCCGAAGGUCUGGGCUACACCUUUGCUCCUCUGCAGCCCGAACACUAUGAGGAGUGUUUGAUUGGCCAAAGGAAGAAUUUUUCUGACAACCAGGCCUGGAUGGCCCAAUACGAGGAACUCGAUCCCAAUAAAUACCCAUCCAGUAUAAUGGUGGUUUUUGACUCGCAGGGAAAACAGGUGGGCUGGACGCUGAUGCUUGAUCCUUCCUCGCCCUCUCUCCAGAAGGGUUGGGCUCUCCCGCCUUUGUGUGGACCCCAAACUGGACUGAUCGGUUGUGUUGGCGUCGAUAUGGAUCAUCGCAAGAAGGGAGUUGGGCUCGCGCUUCUCAGCCAUGCGAUGGAAAACAUGAGGCAGCGAGGCAUUGAAGGGGUUUUUGUUGAUUGGGUGGUGGUGGAAGGAUUCUAUGAGCAGCUCGGGUUUGAAGUGUGGCGCGAAUACCGACAGGCGUCGCUCCUUGACAUGUAAUUUGACAGAGAGAGAGGGAGAGAGAGUAGAAGAUCCUAAAAUAUUUUCUUAGAUAUACCUUAUAGAUAGUGACCAUGCACGAAAG